GUGUUUUGUAGUCCUUUAGCUUCACGGUGGUGUUGUAACGGGUAGUAAGGUCACACAGGCUGAUUCCACGAGCUAACGCGGCUGAGUAAAGGUUUGAAUCGGUAAACAUGUUAAAGCGCAGAGUCUAACAGGGAACAGCCAAACAUCAGAUCCUCCCUCUGUCUGCUCUGCAUCAGUUCAACAUCUGAACCUCAGACAACUUCUCAGCCAAUCAGAACUCCUCCUGCAAUCCCCCCCCCACCCAUCCUCGGAGGUGAAGAGUCCAUUUGUAGGAUCGGGUCCCGAAAGAUCAACAGAGAGGAGACAAAGCUAAGCGUCGUGGUGUGUUCAGGGUCCUCUGCGUUCAAGCUGUAGCUACAGCUUUACACUCAUGACCCAUUCAGGAUCCAGCAUCACCUUAAGAAGAAGCUCAGUGAUCAGCUGAGAGCUGAAUCUGAUGUAAAAAACUGCGCUGACUGCAGAGAGAAGCUGCAUGUUUUCCAUUCACGUCUGUACUGUACAGGCAGACUUAAACUCAUGGACAUUAGGGGAACGGCAGCUGGAGGUACUUCAGUACUGGGGCAGGAUUUUCUAGCCUCCUGUUGAGCUGAUUUCAGAUUUUCCAAUGUUUUAAAGGAGAAACUUUUGUCUUGUGAGAUUGAGUUUGCCCGAUGUCGCGUCACAGUAAGCUGCAGAAGCAGGUCCUGGCUCUGUACCGGCAGUUCCUCCGGGCGGGUCAGGAAAAACCAGGCUUCAUCCCCCGAAUCCGAGACGAAUUCAGGGAGAACGCUCGCAUCAAGAAGACGGACGUGAUGCACAUUGAGUAUCUGUACCGACGAGGACAGAGGCAGCUGGAGCAGCUCAAGGACGUCAACACUAAACAGCUGGGCUCCUUCUCCAAACCCAAAGACCAGAGCUGACCUCUGACCUGCACCAUGUCAUGUGACCUUGUACGAUACCAACAAUUACCUCCUAAAGACUUGGUUACUACCAAAAUGUCAUGCUGGAAUGCUGCGUUCAUGUCCAGUGGGGUAACAAAGGCUCAGUAUUAAGAGAAAAUAUGAUGUGAUAAAUUGUUGGAUGUAAAGUGAAAAAUGACAAUAAAGUAUUCAAAAAAAUAAAAAUAA